CCAAAUUUAGCAGGCCACGCACAGCAUCGGCCACCUCUUGACUCUUGAGAGCGCCACCGCUGCGGAAUCGACGUGCCCCUGAAACCUCUCCCUCUCCCACGCUAUAAAUCCCCCGAUGCAAGAAACGUCCACCAUAACGAAAGCCCCGAUCCAUCCGAAUAAACUGCGGAGUGCCAUCCCUGCCAAAUCCCGCAGAGGUUCAUGGCGUCCAAGUCCGGCGAGCCACGCAUGACGCUGCUGGGCGUGGUCCUGCUGCUGGGGCUGCUGCAGCUGAGCCAGCACGCGGCGCCCGUCGGCGCCGACGAGAGCGCCGCCCCCACCAAGAAAAAUACUAGCUUCAGUUUCCACAACACCGCCGGCGGCCGCACUCUCAGCAGCUUCAGCGUCAACGGCGCCUACAGCAAGAAGCCCGUCGGCAAGGGCAACUGAUCGGGGUCGGGGCGCACACGGAUGGUGAUCCACACCCGUGCCUGUGGGACACAGGCCUAGCCAAGCAGCGCUACCGUACUAGUAUAUCUACAUGCGAGCGUGGGACAGCGUCAGUCGGAGCAGCUCGAUCGGGUAGUUGCCGCGCGACCGUCAGAGACCUCUGUUUCUUUGGGUUGGGUUCAGUGUUUCUCUUUCUAUUUAUGUUAUUAUUUUUGCUUCCAGAGCAAGCUCGCAUGCGUGCAACGGUGCAAGCACCAUAUGGUCCUGUUAUGUAACUAUGGAUUCCAACCUCUACUGGAAUCGUCUGGUUUGUGUAGGAUGGCAACGGAUCGGAUAUUACAUAUAUCCUUCUGCAAUCAUCAGGUUGUUUGUUGCGGCAGUUCGG